GAGAGCAGCCAUGGAUACUGUCCACGCCUAUGGGGUUAGCGCCACACGAUACCUCCAGACUCACUACAGGGACACUCAGAGCUGGUUCCUGUUUGUUUCCAUGGCAGCCGACCUGCGGAACACCUUCUUUGUCUUCUUCCCUGUGUGUUUCCACCUGCGAGAAUCAGUGGGGGUCAAGCUGGUCUGGGUGGCUGUGGUGGGAGACUGGCUCAACCUCAUCUUCAAAUGGAUCCUGUUUGGCGAGCGUCCCUAUUGGUGGGUUCAAGAGACUCCUUACUAUGGCAACUCAUCAGCGCCACAAAUUGAACAGUUCCCUAUGACCUGUGAGACUGGUCCAGGAAGUCCAUCGGGUCAUGCCAUGAGUGCUGCAGGGGUUUACUACGCUAUGAUCUCAUCACUCCUCGCCAUUCUCCUCAAGGAACAUGGGGGUCACAUCAAGAACUGGUGUGUCCGCGGGACCCUGUGGGCUGUCUUCUGGUGUGUGCAGGUGUGUGUCUGCCUCUCUAGGGUUUUCAUCGCUGCCCACUUCCCUCACCAGGUUAUCGCUGGGGUCGUCACAGGCAUCCUGGUGGCGGAGGCCUUUGACCGGGCCCAGUGGAUCUACAGGGCUAGUCUGAGACGCUACACCUACACCACCCUCUCCCUGCUCUCCUUCACCGUGGGCCUCUACCUGGUCCUCAGGGGCCUGGGGGUGGACCUGCUCUGGACCCUGGAAAAGGCCCAGCGCUGGUGCCAGCGGCCCCAAUGGGUCCACAUAGACACCACACCCUUCGCAAGCCUCCUACGCAACACCGGCACUCUGUUAGGCCUGGGCUUGGGCUUGCAUUCGCCCCUCUACACCGAGGCCCGGAGAGCAGGAAGUGGCGCCACCUACAGGCUGGCAUGUGUGGGCACCACACUGCUGCUGCUCCACCUACUGGACUCAUUCAGGCCACCAGCCCACACCAGGGCUCUGUUCUACCUGCUGUCUUUCUGUAAGAGUGCCACUGUGCCCCUGGCCACUGUGGGCAUAGUGCCCUACUGCGUGGCCUGGGUAGCGGGACAGAACAGGAAGAAACACCAUUUUUUUACUAAUUAGAACUUAUUGUAAUUCUGUGAGAAAUGCCCUGAAGGGACAGCCAGAGACGGACUGUCAUAGGAGAAGCAGGAAGCUUCACCCCAGUUGAAAGGGCUUGAAGGUCGCUCAGUAGACAUGGUUGGCCCUUGUUGCUGAAUGAGGUGGAUGUUUUAGAUUAGAUAUUUUUUCAAAUUUUUUUGUCACAUGCACAGAUGUAGUUGCAGUGUACAGUGAAAUUCUUAAGCUCCGAGCUACAGGUGUGAAUGAAACAAUAAAAAAAUACAACAA